AUGAAGUGGAUCCCAAGCAGUGAUGUGCUCACCUACACUUACGUAUGGCGCCAAGAUCUUCAACAAGCGCUGGAUGAUUUGCAUACACCAACUAAACGAGAAGUUCUUCGUGUAGUUAUGAGCUUAUUCGAUCCGCUAGGUUUAAUUUGCUUUUUCCUGAUUCAUGGCCGAACAUUAAUGCAAGACAUAUGGGCAUCAGGUGCUGACUGGGACGAGCCAAUAAGCAGUACGUUGUGUGUACAAUGGAGGCGUUGGACGGCGCUCCUGAACGAGCUAAAUUCGGUCAAAGUACCCCGGUGUUAUUUCCCUGGAGCCGGAUAUAGUACUUACUCGACGCUCGAAGUACAUGUUUUCGUAGAUGCUAGUAAAUCUGCUUAUGCUAGUGUAAUCUACUUUCGAGUGGAAACAUCCCAAGGUGUUGAAGUAGCAUUAGUCGCUGGAAAAGCUAAAGUUGCUCCUCUCAAGAUGAUAUCCAUUCCUCGCUUGGAGUUGCGUGGUGCCGUGCUGGGUUCGCGGUUGCUAAACAGUGUCAUAACUAUGCAUAAACUCAAAGUAACUAGACGUGUCCUAUGGACAGACUCCGAGAUAGUUUUGGCGUGGUUGCGGUCAGACAGUAGAAAGUAUCAACAGUACGUCGGGUUUCGUGUGGCGGAAAUUCUUUCUACAACUGAUGUAAAGGAAUGGAGAAAAGUUGAAAGUGAAUUGAAUGUGGCGGAUAUGGCGACAAAGUGGGGAGGAGGACCGAGGUUUGACGCGAACAAUCCAUGGUUUCGUGGGCCGAAAUUCUUGUCAGAACCGGAGAGCUUCUGGCCAAAACAACGAACUGUCCCUUAUUCUACUGAGGAAGAAAUUCGUCGAGUUAAUUUUCACGAGAAGAUCGUGCCGUUGAUGGAAAUAAACAGGUUUAGCUGUUGGGAAAAACUGGAACGCACGGUGGCAAUAGUGCUCAGAUUCGUCGAUAAUAUAAGGCGGAAACGUCGAGGCGAACAAUUGGAAUUCGGAGUAUUGAAGCAGGGAGAAUUAUUCAAGGCUGAAAUCACGAUAUAUAAGCAAGCACAGCAGGAAUGGUAUGGUAAAGAACUAGGAGAACUCAAUAAAAUCAACGAACAGUCGCAGUGGAAGCAUUCAGCGGUAUCUAGGGCGAGCUCUAUCUUCAAACUUUGGCCGUUUUUAGAUCAAUGCGGUGUGAUGCGGGUACGAGGAAGGAUCGAUACAGCGACUUGGGUGCCAUAUGCAGUCAGACACCCUGCUAUUCUACCACAGAAAUCGCGUAUAACCUUUUUACUGGCAGAUAAGUUUCAUCGUCGUUUCAACCACGCUAACAGAGAGACGAUUAUAAACGAAAUGAGGCAGGAAUACCAUAUUCCUAGGAUGCGAGCGUUAGUCGCGAACGUUGCCAAACAAUGCGCAUUGUGCCGUAUACACAACGCCAUACCAAGGCCACCACCGAUGGCCCCAUUACCAAACGUCCGUGUAACACCCUUUGUAAGACCGUUCACUUUCGUGGGUCUUGAUUAUUUUGGACCGAUCUUGGUUAAACUCGGGCGCAGCAACGUGAAACGUUGGGUUGCACUUUUCACGUGCCUGAGUAUACGCGCUGUUCACAUGGAAGUAGUACACAGUAUGUCCACAGAGUCCUGCGUACUAGCAGUUCGGCGUUUCGUGUCGAGGCGAGGUUCACCUGCGGAAUUCUUUAGCGACAACGGGACAAAUUUCCAUGGUGCCAACAACCAAUUAAAAAAGGAAAUUCGGGAUCGAGAGAAAACCCUAGCUUCAGUGUUCACCAACUCAAAUACCAGAUGGACCUUCAAUCCACCUGGGGCUCCUCAUAUGGGUGGAGUAUGGGAAAGAAUGGUUCGUUCUGUGAAAGCUGCGAUUGGAACAAUUAUAGAAGCACCACGGAAGCCAGAUGACGAAACGCUAGAGACAGUUAUCAUUGAAGCAGAAGCAAUGAUAAAUACGAGACCGUUAACAUAUAUCCCUCUAGAAUCGGCAGACCAGGAAGCGCUCACCCCAAACCACUUUCUGUUGGGCAGUUCCUCUGGGGUUAAGCAAUUGCCUGUACUUCCAAUAAAUUAUCGGUUGGCUCUCAGAAGUAGCUGGAAACUGGCGCAGCACUUGACUGAUCAGUUGUGGAGGCGAUGGGUGAAAGAAUAUCUUUCAGUGAUCUCACGGCGGUCCAAAUGGUUCGGGAAUGUCAGAGAAAUUAAGGAAGGAGAUUUGGUUUUGGUAGUAGAUGGGACAGUAAGAAAUCAAUGGAUAAGAGGACGAGUGGAGAAAGUAUGUUGUGGUAUAGAUGGUCGUGUACGCCAAGCAUGGGUACGCACUAAGGGAGGAGUUUUUCGAAGGCCGGUAGUCAAGCUGGCUUUGCUCGACGUCAUGAAGGAUGGUGAUCCUGAUAGCGGAUCACGGGUGGGGGAAUGUGACGGCGAAAAGCCCCCGACGACUACAGCAGUGUAA